AUGGCUCAAGCUGGUGUUCUGCCUUCGUUGGAGUCUGGGGACUGAGGCGGGAGAGACUACACUGGCUGUUGGGAGAAGCUGUCCCCCUGGCAGGGGUUGGGGCCAGGAGGGAGAUUACAGAGGCGCCAGGCCCAGGGCUCCGCCAUGCACCUGCCACAGCUCUGGUGAAGAUCAGGAGGCUGCCAGCUUACCCCACCCCAUGAUCUCAUGGCUGUGCUUGCCAGGCGCUGGCUCAGGGAGCAGGAGGACCAUCGAUCUUCUGGCCCACUGAAGGCAUUUGGCCGUGGCAGGAGGGCCUCAGAGUUCCCACCCGAUGCUGAGUGA